AUGGGACGGCCGCGAGAUGAGCUGGCGAGCGCGCAAGCGGAUGCUUCGACCCAAGAGGGGCAGAAGCUGGAGGACGCGAGUGCCCAGGCAACCGCAGCCCCUGCUGCUCCAACAGAGCCGGCAGCCGCCCUCCCCUCCGCCACCGAUCUCGGCGUGAGCGAGGAGAAGCUGGAGAAGUGGCGCAAGUUCGGCGGUGGCGACCUCGAGCCGGUCCUCGCGAGCGGCGCCGUCGCCCUCCUCGACGCGCAGUGGAUCAUCCGCCACGCCGAGGCGGGCGGCGUCCUCACCCACCGCCAGGCGCUGCCCGAAGAGGCCUUCCUCUCCCUCGCCGACCUCGUCAAGGCGACCGGCGAGGAUUGGCUUCCCGUCGCCGCGCUCUCCUACCCGUGGCUGACCAAGGACCACCCCGACCCGCUCGGAGCCAACCUCGCCCGCGUCGCAAGGGCGCUCAAGGCCCUGCUCAGCGAUCCCGACCUCAUCACGCGGCUCGGCGUCUUCUGGGACUUCGGCUCGCUGCACCAGCACCCCGACCCCGCCAACGGCGUCCUGCGCACCGAGGAGCAGAACGCGCUCUUCAAGCAGGGGCUGGGCUGCCUCGGCACGCUCUACUCCCACCAGCACACGUUCGUGCUGCGGCUGACCUCCUUCCCGGACGGCCACAAGGCGGAGGAUCAGACCGAGGGCACCAACGUGGCCAAGUACUUUGACCGCGGCUGGUGCUUCACGGAGCAGUGCUGGGCGGGCCUGACAAAGGCCGGCUUCCUCUCGCUCGACCUCGGCAAGAUGCGCGUCGGCACGGAGUACGGCAUCGUCAGCCUCAUUGACGACUGCAGAAAGGAUGGCGGCCGGCGCCCUCCGCUGCUGCCGUCUGCGUUCGCGGCGGAGCUUGAGAAGAAGAGCUUCACCAACGGCAAGGAGGACUAUCCGCUGGUGAAGGGGUUGUACAAGGACGCCUUCGAGGAGCAGUUUGGCAAGGCGACCGUGCUGGACUACACCGGCCUCGGCUGGGGCGACGCGGAGACGGCGCAGCUGGCGGAGGUCCUCGCGAGCGGGGCAGCGCCGCGGCUCGAGUACCUCGGGCUCGGCGGCAACAAGAUUGGCGACGAGGGCUGCAAGGCGCUGGCCGCCGCCCUCGGCAAGGAGGGGGCAGCGCCGCGGCUCAAGACGCUCAAUCUCGGCGGCAACCAGAUUGGCGACGAGGGCUGCAAGGCGCUGGCCGCCGCCCUCAAGGAGGGGGCAGCGCCGCGGCUCAAGACGCUCAAUCUCGGCGGCAACCAGAUUGGCGACGAGGGCUGCAAGGCGCUGGCCGCCGCCCUCAAGGAGGGGGCCGCCCCGAGCUUGAAGGCGCGAGAGACGCCACCCCUCGCCACACGCCCCUCCCCCGCCCGAUGCUCAUCGCACCUCCCCACGCGUGCAGACGCUCUGGAUCUGAUGGCGGCCUCGUUGCAAGCGUGGCGGCGGCGCGUCGAGCCGCUGCUGCUGCUGCUCGCCGCGUCGGCGGCGCACUCGCUCGCCGUCGGCCGCGCCUCUGCGCCCUUCCUGCUGACCGCGCCUCGCCGCGCCGUCGCCUGCGCGCCGCGCAUGGCCGCCGCACCGAGCGACGACGCGGACGGCGACGGCAAGGUGGCGCCGCUGCUGUCGCUCAAGUCCGGUCCGGGGAUCGACCCGGUCGAGAGCGACGAGGACGACGCGGUCACGGACCCGCGGCUGCGCACCUUCGACGUCGGCCCCUUUGCCACCACGAUCGGCCUCCGAGACAGGGACGCGGCCGAAGAGCCGAACUUUCUGCAGCGCGAGGACUGGUCGGUGGUGUCGACGUACUCGGCGGAGGAGCUGGCCGCGCUGUCGAGGGAGGCGCUCGAGACGAAGAGCGGCGCCGAGGCCAUCGAGGAGGUGACGGAGGCGGCGCCGGCGCAGCGGCGGAGGGCGGCGGAGCUUGGGGAGAAGCUGACGCGGUUCUACGACACCUUCAAGGCGGUCCUAGUAGCGAUCCUUGCCGAAGGGUGGAAGCUCGACGGCGACCCCUCGGCGCAGUCGCUGCUGCUGGAGCUCGACGCGGCAGGAGGCGCCGCCGCAAGGAUUGGCAGCGAGGCGUCCUUCGAGGCGACGGGGAUGGCGCCGGGCGACGCAGGAUGA